UUCCUCGCCUUACAAACCACAAACAAAAAGAACAAUUAAAUCGGGAAAAAAAAAGAAGAAGAAGAAGAAAAAAACAGAAAACCCGAAAGCAAGAGCCACUGUGAUUCUUGCAGAACUAUUUCGCUCAAUCUUCUUGCAAUAUUUGAUUGAUUCAGAGAGCUUCUGUCUUCUGCUCUCUCCAUCAAGCUGCGUAAAUUCAUUUUUGCGGAGAAAAUAAAUAAAAGAAUAAAAGAAGACAACAAUUAUUGACGGUGAUGGCCGUAAGAGCGCCGAUAGCAGGGAUAAGCAUGGCUUCCUCUACGGUUAGCCCCCCUGCUCCGUCGUGCAAUAGAGGGGUCAUUGUGCCGUUCAGGCCAUCUUUUUUCGGUCGUGGAGUGGGUACUCCGAUAUAUACAGCUGUACGACUGUCUUACUCCAGUAGAUCCCGAUGUAACAGCCUUGGUGGGGGUGGACUUGGUACUCAGAUGAAUCUUUUUGAUCGGUUUGCUAGAGUUGUUAAGUCAUAUGCAAAUGCUGUAAUAAGCUCCUUUGAGGAUCCUGAGAAAAUACUGGAACAAACCGUUAUAGAGAUGAACGACGAUUUGAUCAAGUUGCGUCAAGCUACAGCACAAGUUUUGGCUUCUCAGAAACAGAUGGAAAACAAAUAUAAAGCUGCACAACAAGCUUCUCAAGAUUGGUACGCUAGAGCGCAACUUGCUCUGAGUAAGGGUGAUGAGGACCUUGCUCGUGAAGCUCUUAAGCGUAGAAAAUCUUAUGCUGAUAAUGCAAAUUCUUUGAAGGCUCAGCUUGAUCAGCAGAAAGGCGUAGUUGAGAACCUUGUCUCCAAUACAAGGCUGCUGGAAAGCAAGAUACAAGAGGCUAAGUCUAAAAAAGAAACUCUCAAAGCUCGAGCUCAAUCAGCCAAAACUGCAACAAAAGUGAGUGAGAUGUUGGGGAAUGUAAACACGAGCAGUGCUCUUUCAGCGUUUGAGAAGAUGGAAGAAAAAGUUAUGGCGAUGGAAUCUCAGGCAGAAGCUCUUAAUCAACUAACCAGCGACGAGCUUGAAGGAAAGUUUGCUUUACUAGAAACUUCAUCAGUCGAUGAUGACCUCGCGAGCUUGAAGAAAGAACUCUCCGGAAGCACCAAGGUAACUAACUGUAUCCUCAGAAACACUUACAAUCAACGUGUCGGUAUCACAUUUAUCGAGUUCACCCAUUUCUGUCGAACAGAAGGGAGAGCUUCCAGCGGGGAGACCCGUUGCAGCAGCGUUGAAGUUUCAAGACCCCGAUAUCGAGAAGGAGCUGAAUGAACUGAGGCAAAAGACCAAGGAAUAUUAGUUGGAGGUAUGAAACCUUAUAUUGAGUGUUAGGAUAUGCUGAAACUUGAAUUCUUGAGUUGCAGACUAGCAAAAUAGGGACUUGUGUACAUUAUGUCUGUUAUUUAUGCAGUUGAAAUAUUUUUGGAACUGUUCAAGUUAUCUCAACUGUUAUAAUUUCUUGUAAUGAUGGAAUAAUUACGUUAGUUUACUAAUUUUGGCUGAA